AUGGACGACGAUAUUUUUAUGGCUCUGGAUGUUAUCAACGCCAAGAAAACCUAUGCUAAAAAACUGAGAAAAGAGCCUCAGCUUAAACAAUUGCCUGUUAGUAAGGCAAAAGUGGACGAAUUUGAAAUUCCUCAGCCUUUGACGACGAAAUUGGCAGUUAAGUUUUUGUUAGAGGGAAGGCUCAAAUCGAAAGUAUGUCGAUACUGUCUAAAUAUAACACCUGGACUAUCUGAAUUAGAUCAAAUCAUGAAAAUAGGAGGCACUGGAAAUAUAUACAAAGUCACUAUAAGGGACAUAGUUGCCAGUUUUCACCCAUUCAAGGUUGUGGAUGACCCAAAUUUUCCAAAUAAAAUAUGUCAGAAGUGUAUAGAUAAAGCUCUGGGUGCAUAUCUCUUUACGCAACAGUGCGAAAGAGCGGAGAGAGCAAUGCUGAAUUGUUUCGAUGAUAUGUACGAGAAAUUUGAAAAACUUGAUCCCAUAGACCGACCAAAGAAACGAGGAAGACAAAAAUUGAACCCUAACUUCAAUAUAUUACGUGCAGAACACUACAAAGUCAUCGAUUAUGCAGAACCGAUAAUACAUAUAGUAAAUGCAAGUGCAGAAGCCAUCAAUAAUGAGCCAAUGUUAAGCGAUUUGGAGUGUAAAAAGUGUUGGCAAGUGUUACCAAAUUUGGAGUCUUUAAUUAAUCAUGAGAAAAUACAUCCAAAAACUAUGUGGUAUCAUUGCCGAUUAUGUGGAAAAUCGUUUCCGAAAUCUAAUCAGCUGAAAAGACAUAAUAAUCGAGUCCAUAUUCUGGGCAAGGAGCCGACCACACAUCCAGAUAAAGAUUUCAAGUGUAAGGAAUGUUGUCAUGUUACGGACAACUUUAUCCAACAUUUACAGCACGUAGAAAAACAUAAGUUUAGAAAUAUAAUGAAGCAUCUCAUUGAGAAGAGAAUGGACAAGUUGUGCGUAGUAUGUUACAACAAGGGAACAAAGAUGACGGAUUUGGAUAAAAUGGUGUGCAUCCAUGGAUGUCAUCCAGAUCUCAUGGGCGAUAAAACACUGUACACGUUAUUGGCAACUACUUUACCUGAUCCAAAAUCAUACAAAUACCAAGAUCUAUGUUUAACAUCCAACGCUUCAAUUAUGACUGUAUCAAAAAAACAGAAUACCUAUCGUAAACGAAACACAAAUGAAAUGGAACCAGUGAUGAAUAUAAUCAGCACCAAGGAGGAUUUUCAAUUUUCCAACCCAAUAAUCAUAUCUAGAAAACGUUUUAAAACAAACCACUUUUAUUACUAUGUUUUCUGUGAUCCUGAAUAUCUGGAUGGAUCAGUAAAGACUGAUGAUAUGUCUGACCCUGACGUUGUUGAAGUAGUUGACAUGUGUGACAUAGAAGAUGACAAUUUGAGCAUUGACACAUCUGUAUCAAAUGAAGAGAAAAAUCUAAGAGCUCGGAAAAUUACCAAUUAUGAUUUAAAUGUUGAAGAAAUUGCAGAACUAGCAAUGGCUAACUUUCUUAGUGCGAUGUUUGGUGUAGUUGGUCAAGACGUAAAUACGAAAGGUGCAGUUACAGAAAUAACAGAAGAUAAUCUAAAUUUACAAAAUCAGACAUUUUGUUCUGACGAAUUUGCCAAUGAAAAUAUCAACUAUAAAAAUGUAUUACCUAUUACAUCUCGAUAUAAAUUUCCGAAUUCUCGACCUGAAAGUCUUGGAGAAUGUUCUAAAUCAUUAAUGCCUGCUGUAAUGAAAAAGACUAGCAAAAAACGUAAUGUACCACAGAAUAUAUUUACAAAUUAUCGACCUGAAAGUCUUGGGGAAUGUUCUGAUUCGUUUUAUCCUUCAGUAUUAAAAAAGACGAGCAAAAAACCCAAUGUACCACAGAAAAUUAAUUCAAAUCUUCUAUUUGAGGGUAAUAAAGUAUUUGAUAGAGCACAAAAGAAAUAUCUACAUGGAGCUGAGAAAGUUACCAAUGAAAAUGAAAAAUUGACCAAAGAAUUAGGUCAAAAAUCAAUACUUGGUGAUGCUUUUAAUGAUUUUCAGACACAGAAUAAGAAAACACAGAGUGAUGAACAUAUUAAAUGCAAAUUCUGUUGGGUAUUCGGUCAGAUGGAGUUUUGUGGUUAUUGUAAAAGGCCUACUGAAGGUGUGAACAAAAAUUGUACAACUAUAAAAUAUUGCAGUACGGAUAAAGUGCAAAAUACGGCAAAAAAACAAUUCAAUGAAAAUAAAAUUUGGCAGUGCAAAAUUUGUUUAAUUUACAAUACUGCAGAGAGAUUUACUUGCCUUUGCUGUGAAAAUAUGAAAUUAACAGAACACAGUGAUGUUAAAAUCCAAUUUGGGAAUAUAAAAAACUUUCCAACAAAAGAGACUGACAACGAAGAUAAUUCAUUUCCCAAAGAAAGCGAUGACAACAUUCAACCACCCAGUAAUGAUUUAAAUAAAACAAUUGUAACUGAAGAGCCAUCCGUAACGGACUGUAAGGACAGUUCUGAAUUUGAAAAAAUACUGGCAACUGUCAGUAUGACAAAUAUGGAUACUGACGUAGUUACCUUCACCGAGACCACGACUACAAGUGACACGGAACCUAUGGAUGUAGAAGAAAGCCCGAUUAUGUCAAAUGAUCCGUUCAAUAUAAAUAACCAGCUUCUGAAUUUUAAUAUUCAAACUAUAAUGAACCCUGGUAUUACUCCUAUUAUUGGACCAAAUCUACAAUUCAACAUGGGCUCUGGGUCUACAAACAAAUGUUUGAAGAAACUCAAGAAAUCCAUAAGAAAUAUGUCAAAGGCUAUGCAUAAGUGA